CAGUGUAACGUCUCUCUCCUUCUCAUUGCAGGUUAUCCAACUGGGUAUCCCACAGCUGCCCCUGCCUACAACCCAAAUAUGUAUCCAACCAGCAGCCCUGGCUACGCCCCAGCUACACUUCUGAUGAAGCAGGCCUGGCCACAGACCUCAACCUCUUGUGCCACUGAGGGCACGUUUCACCUCCCAGUGGACACUGGGACUGAGAACAGAACUUACCAAGCCUCAUCUGCAGCAUUCAGAUACACUGCCGGGACCCCCUACAAGGUCCCACCUACCCAGAGCAACAGUGCACCUCCUCCCUACUCUCCGUCUCCAAAUCCCUACCAAACAGCUAUGUACCCUAUCAGAAGUGCCUAUCCACAGCAGAACCUGUACGCCCAGGGAGCGUAUUACACGCAGCCAGUGUAUGCGGCCCAGCCUCACGUGAUCCAUCACACUACCGUGGUUCAGCCAAACAGCAUUCCAUCGGCGAUCUACCCAGCCCCCGUCGCCGCGCCGAGGACCAAUGGUGUGGCCAUGGGCAUGGUUGCUGGGACCACCAUGGCAAUGUCAGCAGGAACCCUGUUGACCACCCCACAACACACCGCCAUUGGAGCACAUCCAGUUUCUGUGCCAACAUACAGGGCUCAAGGGACCCCUACCUACAGCUACGUACCUCCACACUGGUAAACUCGCUGGCCAAUCCAUAUCUGGAGUCAAACAUUGUAUGCAACUACUCAAGUCUUACAUCGGUGCUGGCCCGACCGUACAACGGCACCAAGUCUGUUUGCAAGAACAAAAGAACAAAAGUGCAAGGGUCACUUUAUGCAUUCUUUAGUGUUUUUUUGUAAAAGCUGCUUUUUUCUAAUGUUCUGCCUCUCUUUCCUCCCCUGCCCCCUAAACCCACACACAUCGCGUAACACCAUGUACUGACACUGAGCAAUAGUCAUGGUUUCUCUCUGGUCCUAUCAUUUUGAAGCUCAGAAAGUUCACCUGUCAAAAAUACCCAGUUCUGUGGUGCAAAGAUGCCCGGGUCUUGUUUUGUUUGUUCGUAUGGGUUUUCUCGGGUUUUUUAUUUCUGUUGUUGUCGUUGACAAGAGUCUAGAUUUUAUUUGACUAGUGAGGGCGGUUGAUGUUCAGGGUACUAUGUGAAAAGCACAGCGCUGGUAGGCAAGUUUAUUCCAAUUUGGUUUCCUUCUUUUUUAGGUUAAUAAUAUAAAUUAUUUAAUCUUCCAUAACAUAUUACGAGAAAAUUGGUGUCUUCCAGAUAGCUGUUAUGAUAGACUAUAAUUCAUUACCUGCAUUGAAAUACCCAGCACAUCCCUUGUUUGUAGAGUGAGAAACUAUAAAUAUUAGCAGCAUAACAUGCACGCAUCUUAGGAGACAGGUUGACCGGUUGCUACCAGGGCUUUGGUCUGCUUUUGGAAACAGGGAGAAUGCAUUUCAUGGGAUGGGAAGGGAGAGGUGGAGAGGAGAUGCACAGAGCAUAGGAGCUGCAUCUUGCUGAGUUAACAGACAUACCCCCUGUCCCAAUCCGGGUCAUUUUCAUCAUGUAAUAAAAUCAGACAGCUCCUUCCCAUUUGGUAGGAAGCUGCAGCUUGCUGACAGAUGUAUGCUGGGCCGCUGUAAAAAG